AUUGAUUCUUUAUGGAAGGUAUAACAGUUUUUAUUAUCUAUUAGAACCAACAAACGAUCAUCUAUAAAUAGCGAAAAAACAAAUCUAUGUUGGAAACUACUCUUAAGCUGUAUUUUUUUAAAUUAUUUUAGAUUGAACUUUUAGAAGCAAUUAUUGAAAAUGACAAUUAAAACAUAGAAGCCUAUAACUUAUUAGCCUAUGCUAUUAAGAAUGACUUAGAAAAUACUACAGAUGGAUAUAUGAGAAGUUUAGAAAUCAUGCAUAAAGCAUUAGAAGUAAAAGAUUUUUUCAUAUAUAGAUUCUCCCGAAUAAUACAUUAACCUUGUUCAAUAUGGCUUCGACAUAUUAUGAAAUGUAAGAUUUUGCUUAAGCAAUAACCUAUUAUUAAUAACUUAUUCAAAAUAACAAAGUUAAUGACUAUCGGGCCUAUUUUAAUUUAGCAAUGUGCUAUGAGAAAGCAGGUGAAAACUAACAAGCUUUAGAAAUGUAUUAGCAAGUAAAUAAUUUUCUUAUAACUAGUCUAUUCGAAGCAAUCCAAAUUUUUCGAGUGCUGUUAUAAAUUAUUCAAAUCUGCUUAUGUAAAUGGGCAAGCAAGCCCAAGCUAGAUACACAUUAGAAAACUAUCUAAAAAAUAAUAAAGGAGAUAUGAGAGCCUUGAAUAAUUUAAAUAUUAUUUUGGCCGAAAAAUAAAUCGAUUAAAAAGUGGAAGAAAAUUUUAAGAAAAUUAAUCAAAGUGGAGCAAUAACAAGUGUUUAUAAUAAUGGUGUGUUUUUAUCAAAAUAAGGAAAGUUAUAGGAAGCCUUAUAAAUUUUUAAAUAAUUGGUUGAUAAACUAAAAGAUGAUGUGGAUGAACCACUACUAUUAUUAUCUCAUGUAAAUUAAGGAGUAUUAUUUGAAAAGCUUAAUGAUUAUGAUUCUGCCAUUUAAAAGUAUAAUUAUGUAUGAAUUCUUUAAUCAUUAGAUCUUAGAUAAUUUUUCAAAAGAGAUUAAUAGUGAGGAAUUUCUGAAUAGAAUAGCAGUAUUGAAAUAAAAGGAAAAGGAAAGAUAAAAGUUGUUUGCCCCAAAAAUUAUGAGUAAAACUUAAACUUAAUGGAAGCAACCUUAGCAGCAACAAUAAUAAGCUUAAGCAAAGAUAAACAAUUUGAGUAAACAUGUUAAUAAUUCUAGUGAAAUAAUCUCCAGAUAAAUAUAAGUAAUAAUAGCCUGCUUUAGUUCCAAUUAAUAACAACAAUAAUAAAAAAUAAUAAUAAUUACCUGUUUAGAUAUAAAAACAGCCCUAAUAAUUAAUUCAGAGUUAACCACAUCCUUUUAGCUAACAACAAUAAAGAUAAAAUUAAUAACAAUAAUAGCAGCUUCCUCACUAACCCAUAAGAAGGCCAUCAGCAGUGAAAAAUAUAUCAAAUCAACAAAGUUUAUAAAGUGAUAAAAUUUCAUCUUAAUAAUAAUUUGAUGAGCAUCAAUCAAGCAUUGAAUAAUUAUCCAUGGUAUAGCCUGUAGAAACAGGUUAAAGAUUUGUUAAAUAAAAUUCUUUAAAGCUUGAUUAGAAAAAAAGGCAUUCUAGAGAUAAUUCUCAACAUUAAAAGUUUCAUGAAGAAAUAAUCAAUGAUUUAAAUAAUGAGAUUCAGAACCAAUAAAGAACGAAAACAGAAGAGCAAGGAAAACCUAAAAAUCAGUUUAAAGAAAAAUUUAGCUUCUAAGAAUCUUAACCAGAUUAAGAACCAUAGUAGCCAAAAGAUUAAUUUACUUUUUAAGGAAACUCAGAUCCUUAUAGACUAUCUUCUAUUAAGGAAAGAUCUAUGGAAAUAGGAGAGUCUCAAAGAGUUAAAUCUGGAAAAUAAAGAAAUUAAGAUAAAUCUUCUAAAACCAUCUUAGAAGAAGUAAAUGAAGGAGCUAAACAGCAGCAAUCUAAAGUUUCUUUAGAUUUAUAAAAUAAAGAGCUACAUUUAGAAUAAGAAGAGAACUAAGUGACAUUUAAACCGAAGGAAGAAUAACAAGCAAAUACACUUGAAGAACAAUAAAUAAAAAAUUUUAAAAAAAGUUCUAGAGAAUUUCAAAGAUAAUCAUUGAAUCUAAAAGAAAAGCAAAGUGAUAUAAUAUAAAAAAAUUAAUUUUAGGAUGAAUCAUUUUAAAAUAAAACCAAUAAAGAAGAAAAAGAAGAAUUAAAUGUUGUAACAUAAAAUUAAAGUGAUAAAAGGAUAAGUUAAAACAAACCAAAUAAUUUGGAAAAAAAACCUUCAUCAAGUUAAUAGAUCUCAUAAAAAUCAUUAAAUGAAUCAUAAAAAAAUGAGAUUUAGGAAACAAAAUAGAAAUAAAAGAGUAUUAAACAUAUUGAUUAGAAUGUUUUAUCUAAAGAUGAUUAAUAAGAAGGAGAUUAGUUUAAAUAAGAACAAUAAUAAAAAAUUUAUGAAGAAUAAGAGAAAUAGUUAGCUUAAAAAUAGAAAAAUCUAGAAAUAGAAUAGCAGGAAAAAGAACGAUAAUUAGAGAUAAAAAAAGAGUAAGAAAGAGAAUAAGCUAAAUAAUAGAAAAAGCUGGAAGAAGAAUAAAAAGAAAAAGAAAGAUAAUUAGAGUUGUAAAAAGAGUAAGAAAGAUAAAAAGCUGAAUAAUAGAUAAAACUGGAAGAAGAAUAAAAAGAAAAAGAACGAUAACUAGAAUUGCAAAAAGAGUAGGAAAGAUAACAAACAGAGUAAUAGAAAAAACUUUAAGAAGAAUAAAAAGAAAAGGAAAGAUAAUUAGAGUUAUAAUAAGAAUAAGAAAGAUUAUAAGCAGAAUAAUUGAAAAAUAUGGAAGAAGAAUAAAAAGAAAAAGAACGAUAAUUAGAGUUGUAAAAAGAGUAAGAAAGAUAAAAAGCUGAAUAAUAGAAAAAACUGGAAGAAGAAUAAAAAGAAAAAGAACGAUAACUAGAAUUGCAAAAAGAGUAGGAAAGAUAACAAACAGAGUAAUAGAAAAAACUUUAAGAAGAAUAAAAAGAAAAGGAAAGAUAAUUAGAGUUAUAAUAAGAAUAAGAAAGAUAAUAAGCAGAAUAAUAGAAAAAACUGGAAGAAGAAUAAAAAGCAAAAGAAAGAUAAUUAGAACUGUAAAAAGAGUAAGAAAGAUAACAAGCUGAAUAAUAGAAAAAACUGGAAGAAGAAUAAAAAGAAAAAGAAAGAUAAUUAGAACUGUAAAAAGAGUAAGAAAGAUAACAAGCUGAAUAAUAGAAAAAACUGGAAGAAGAAUAAAAAGAAAAAGAACGAUAAUUAGAACUGUAAAAAGAGUAAGAAAGAUAACAAGCUGAAUAAUAGAAAAAACUGGAAGAAGAAUAAAAAGAAAAAGAAAGAUAAUUAGAACUGUAAAAAGAGUAAGAAAGAUAACAAGCUGAAUAAUAGAAAAAACUGGAAGAAGAAUAAAAAGAAAAAGAACGAUAAUUAGAACUGUAAAAAGAGUAAGAAAGAUAACAAGCUGAAUAAUAGAAAAAACUGGAAGAAGAAUAAAAAGAAAAAGAACGAUAAUUAGAACUGUAAAAAGAGUAAGAAAGAUAACAAGCUGAAUAAUAGAAAAAACUGGAAGAAGAAUAAAAAGAAAAAGAACGAUAAUUAGAACUGUAAAAAGAGUAAGAAAGAUAACAAGCUGAAUAAUAGAAAAAACUGGAAGAAGAAUAAAAAGAAAAAGAACGAUAAUUAGAACUGUAAAAAGAGUAAGAAAGAUAACAAGCUGAAUAAUAGAAAAAACUGGAAGAAGAAUAAAAAGAAAAAGAACGAUAAUUAGAACUGUAAAAAGAGUAAGAAAGAUAACAAGCUGAAUAAUAGAAAAAACUGGAAGAAGAAUAAAAAGAAAAAGAACGAUAAUUAGAACUUUAAAAAGAAUAAGAAAGAUAACAAGCUGAAUAAUAGAAAAAUCGAGAAAUAGAAUAGCAGGAAAAAGAACGAUAAUUAGAGAUAAAAAAAGAGUAAGAAAGAUAAUAAGCUAAAUAAUAGAAAAAACUGGAAGAAGAAUAAAAAGAAAAAGAAAGAUAAUUAGAACUGUAAAAAGAGUAAGAAAGAUAACAAGCUGAAUAAUAGAAAAAACUGGAAGAAGAAUAAAAAGAAAAAGAACGAUAAUUAGAACUGUAAAAAGAGUAAGAAAGAUAACAAGCUGAAUAAUAGAAAAAACUGGAAGAAGAAUAAAAAGAAAAAGAACGAUAAUUAGAACUUUAAAAAGAAUAAGAAAGAUAACAAGCUGAAUAAUAGAAAAAUCGAGAAAUAGAAUAGCAGGAAAAAGAACGAUAAUUAGAGAUAAAAAAAGAGUAAGAAAGAUAAUAAGCUAAAUAAUAGAAAAAACUGGAAGAAGAAUAAAAAGAAAAAGAAAGAUAAUUAGAACUGUAAAAAGAGUAAGAAAGAUAACAAGCUGAAUAAUAGAAAAAACUGGAAGAAGAAUAAAAAGAAAAAGAACGAUAAUUAGAACUUUAAAAAGAAUAAGAAAGAUAACAAGCUGAAUAAUAGAAAAAUCGAGAAAUAGAAUAGCAGGAAAAAGAACGAUAAUUAGAGAUAAAAAAAGAGUAAGAAAGAUAAUAAGCUAAAUAAUAGAAAAAACUGGAAGAAGAAUAAAAAGAAAAAGAAAGAUAAUUAGAACUAUAAAAAGAGUAAGAAAGAUAACAAGCUGAAUAAUAAAAAAAACUGGAAGAUGAAUAAAAAGAGAAAGAACGAUAAUUAGAGAUAUAAAAAGAAUAAGAAAGAUAAUAAGCUGAAUAAUAGAAAAAACUGGAAGAAGAAGAAAAAGAAAAAGAAAGAUUGUUAGAACUUUAAAAAGAAUAAGUAAGAUAACAAGCUGAAUAAUUGAAAAAACUUGAAGAAGAAUAAAAAGAAAAAGAACGAUAAUUAGAGAUACAAAAAGAGUAAGAAAGAUAAUAAGCUGAAUAAUAGACAAAACUUGAAGAAGAAUAAAAAGAAAAAGAAAGAUUGUUAGAACUUUAAAAAGAAUAAGAAAGAUAACAAGCUGAAUAAUUGAAAAAUCUUGAAGUAGAAUAAAAUGAAAAAGAGCAAUAAUUACCCCUAUAAUAAGUCCAAGAAUAAUCUAACUUAAAUUAAUAAAAUUCUUAAGUUCCUCUAUAACAAUAGACAUUUGGAGAUUUAUAAACAUUUGAGCAAAACAACAAGAAAACAAUAAAAGAAAAAUAGCAAUCUGGUAGUCAGCAUUCUAGAAAAUCUGUUUAAGAGCCUAGUAUACUCAUUAAACCAUCUUAAAAAUAAUCAUAACAAAAAAUAAUGAGUUCUUUAUAAGAAUAAAAUUAAAAUGUAGAAUAAAUAACUUCUCCUAAAGAAAUUAAAAAUGGGAUCGAAAUUCCUUUAUAAAAUGAAACUGGAACCUUUGUUGGUUCUGAAAGAUCAGAACAUUAGUAAUAAACCGAAUAAUAAUAGUAAGUUUAAUAAUAAAACGAUUAAAAAAUUGAUAAAUAGCCUACAAGGACAUCCAUUUCAAAAAUAAAUUCAAGACCUCCAUCUACAAAAGGAUUAGAAAAAAAAAUUUCCUUAACUUUAGAAUAGUAACAAUAGUUGGAAUCAGCUUAAUCGAAUAAAUCAGAAAAAACAUAAGGUGUAGAGAGGAUUCCAUCCCAAAAGAUAUUUUAAGAAUAAAAAUAAUAAUUAGAAAAUUAAGAAGAAAAUUAAUAACAAAAACCUUCAUCUCAAUCUGGAAAAAGAUCUUUAUAAAGUGCAGGAAAUAAAGACUAAAAAGCACAGAAUUAAACCCAUUAAACCCAAGGAAAUGAUAUUUUAUAGGAUGAACAAGCGAUUUCUUAGAAAAAAUCAAGUAAAAUAACGCCUAAGUUACAAUCAAGACCUUAAUCAGGAGCAAAUUAGCCUAUAGAAUUAAGUAGACCAAAUUCAACUAAAAAUUAAAGUAAAAAGAUUUCUAUAGAAUAAUAAUAAUAGAUGAAUUAAGCUUAAUAAAAUCCAUAAUUAAAAUAAUAAUCAGAACUUACAGAGUCUUAAAUAUCAAUUGAAGGUGAGAAGAGAAUAAAGUAAACAAAGUCAUAGCAAGAUUUACCAAUCAAAUAAUUAUAAGAAAAUAGUUCCCAUCCUUAGCUUUAAUAAUAAGGAAACAAUCCUACAGAAAACUAAUAACAGAAUCAAAAAAAAGGUUCAAGAGUUUAAUCAGGAAAAUCUUUAUAAAGGUCUGAAAAUCCUUAAAAAAAUGCAGAGCAAUAAUUGAAUUAAGAUUAAGAAUAGUAAAAAUCCUAAAAAGCUCAAAAUCAAGAACAAUCCAAGAUUUAAGAUUAAAAUAAGGAAUUAGAAGAUUAAAAUACAAAUAAAUCAGAUGGAAAGAAUAUUGUUAUAAACGAAUCACAAGCCUAAUAAUAGCCAAAAUAAUAAGAAGAAGAGAAAGAAUUAUAAACUUAAAAAGAUAAUGAGAAGCCAGUUACUUUAGAAUAGCAAUAAUAAUAAUAAAAUUAAGAAGAUUAGAUCUUUCGUUAAUAAUAAACAGUAGAGUAAAUAAAAGACAAUCUUAAUUAAGAGGACAUACCAUAGAUAAAAGUUUAAAGUCCUCAUAGUUCUAUGAAAGGUAGCCAAGAGAUGAAUCAACUCGAAGCUUCUUUACAUAAAGAAGACUAAAUUGUGGAAUAAGAAUAGGAAUAAUAAGUUGUAUAGUAAAAUUUGGAUGCUCAAGAAGUGAGAGCGGAAAAUUAAUAAGAAUAGGAUUAAACAAAUGAAUAAAAGGAUUAAGAAAAUAAUGAAUAAGUUAAAUAAGAAUAAAAUAAUGAUUAAGAAAUCUAAGGUAAAAAAUCUGAAUAGAAUGAACAGGAUCUUCAAGAAGAGUAAGAAGGAAUGAAAUCUUCUGAUAGUCAUAGAUCAUAAAAAACGAACAAAGAUGGUUUCUAAGAUGAAGUUUUAGAGAAACCAGCAGAAGUAUUAUUAGUUCCAGAAAGCAGACCAAACACAUUAGUUUAUUAAAAUUCUAGUAGUCUAGAGUCUUAACCUUAAUAAGAAUUCUAAUCAUAGUAAAAGUUGGGUCAUAGUGAUACAUAGUAAUUUGCAGAAACUUAAAAAAAAAUAGCAAAAGUUAUUAGAUAUCCUGAAAAUUUUGAAGAUUGGACAAUAGAAGAUUGCUUAAGAAGAAUAGAAGAGGAUCCCAAUGAUAUAUUUCCCGUAUUCAGAUUAGCUAUACUUUAUACUGAUGAUCAAUUAGAAAAAGCUAAGGAAUAUUUAUUAAAAGUAACUGAAAUGGAUCCAUUAUUUGAAGUUGAAAAAGUAAAUUGGGCUUUGGGGACAAUAUUUGUUUCAGAAAAAGAAUGGAAGAAAGCUCUUCAUCAUUUUCGUAUAGGCUAUCAAUAUAGCCAAGAUAGAGCUAAAUCAUAUUUAGAAAUAGCUAGAUGUUAUUAAAAACUAGGAGAAUUUGAGAAAGCAGAAAGAACUUAUCGAAGAGCUAUUGAUGCUAACAAUAAAGAUUAUUUACCAUAUUAUAAAUUAGGAUGGAUGCAAAUAAAAAAUAAAUAAUUAAAAGAAGGAAUUGAUAAUUUAUCAAAAGCAUAAACUCUUGAUUAUUAGAAUAUGGACAUCAUAAUAAAAUUAGGAGAAUCAUUAAUGAUAUAUGAUGAAGAUCCUACGGCUGUAGACGAGGCUGUGAUUGUUUUACAUAAAGGUAUGAUUGUCGAUCCAUUAAAUUAUGAAUGUACAAAUGCAUUAGCUAGGGCCUAUGAAAAGAAAGGUGAUCUUGUCAAUGCCAUCAAAUAUGGUAAGUUAGCAACAGAAUAACCUAAUUCUAAUUCAAAUUCACAUUAUUUUUUAGGAACUUUGUAUAUGAAGAAAAAAGAUUUCAAAAAUGCAGCAGAAUCUUUCAGAACCUUGUUAAGAAUAAAUAAUGAGCAUCCUGAAGCUCUUAUUGAAUAUGCAACUAUUUCAAGCAUUCAAGGUAAUUUUGAAAAAGCUAAAAAAUAUCUUAAGCAUGCAUUGAAAUCAAGUCCCAAUAAUCCAGUAGCAAAUAUGAGAUUGGGAAGAAUUUAUCAAACUAAAUUAAAUGAAUUAAAUUCAGCUAUUGAAUGUUUUUAAAAAGUUGCUAGAGUAGAUCCAACAAAUUAUAAAGCUUAUUAUUAUAUGGGUUAAUGUUAUAUUUAGAAGGGAGAACUUAAUAAAGGAAUAGAAUGUAUGAAUUAGUCUUUAAAGCAUAAUUAAUCUUUUGGAUUAGCAUGGAAAGCUGUUGGUAAUAUUAUGUAUGAGAAAAAUUAACCUGCGAAAGCUUUAAGAUAUUUCUAAAAAGCCAUAGAUUCUGAUAAAAAUGAUAUGGAAGCUAAAAUAGGAUUAGGAAAUUGUUAUUACUUAUAAGAACAAUUUGAAUAAGCUAUUUAGAUUUAUGAAGAAAUAAGCCAUUUAGAUUAAAAUGAAGAAUUAGAAUAUAAUAUGGCUAAUUGUUAUUACAUGAAAAAUGAUUUUGAAGAGGCUGUAUUACAUUAUUAGAAAGCAUUAAGCAUAAAUCCUGAUAAAAUAGAAUGUUACUAUAAUUUAGGAAAUACAUAUUGUAUUAUGGAAAAAUUUGAAGAAGCUUUAGAAUGCUUUGAGAGAGUGGUUAAAGAUGAUCCUUAACAUUCAGCUGCUUUCUACAAUUAUGCAAAUACAUUCUUUGUUUUAUAAGAUUAUGAAAAUGCUGCUAAAUAUUUUGAAAAAGCUGUUGAAUUAUAACCAGAAAAUGUUGAUUGGAGGUAUUAUAUAGCUUAUAAAUUUUAGGAAUUAUGUAGCUUAAUUAUAUAUUGAGAAAGGUGAUUUGAAUGCUGCAAAAAGACAUUUAGAUGAAAGUAUGAGACUUUAGCCUAAGAAUCCAGACACUCUAGUUCGAUAUGCAAAUUAUUACUAUUAAAUUGGAAAUUAUAAAGAGGCUAUCCAAAAAGCAAAAGUAUAUAUAUAUUCUUAUAAUUAUUAGUAAACUUUAGCAUUAGAUGAAACAAAUGAUGAAGCUAAAUCAUUAAUUAGAGAACUUACUAAAUGA